ACGGCGGUGCAUGCAUGCGAGAGGUGGACGGCUCUCCGUGCUCGCGUACGUGUCCUGCUUUGCAGCCGCCAACGAGAUACUGCUCCACGUUCCAUCUCGCAGCCAACAGCCUCGCGCCACGUGCACGUGUAGCCAGGCCACGAGCCCCCAUCUACUCCGUCUGGAAGACACCUCUACUCGCUAGCACGAGGACACGCCAAAAUAAAAUUCUCGCCGGAGGUGAAAAACUCCACCGCCGAGGACGAAGCCAUCUCGAUCGUCCGAGGAAGCUUAUUAUUUUAUGUUUGUUGCUGCUAUGUGUGGAUAAUUAGACAUGGCAUGACAGGCAUGCGACCGGCCAACGGUCCGGCGAUGUCGGUGGUUUAUGCGGCCACCCGGCCAUAUGAUCGAGACCGAGCUGGUCCGUUCAUGCAUACGCGGCUCUCCGUCACCGAGGGCCGCGAGCGACAUCGCCGGAGCGCCGCCCGUCCGCGCAUAAAUAUGGUACCACACCACAAGCUCACAACCCCACAGCAGCAGAACCGCACACACUCACACCCACACACAAGAAUCAAUCAACCAACCAACCGACCGGAGAUGGCUUCAUCGAGCAGGAUGCUGGUGGCGGCGGUGAUGGCCGCCCUGGUGGCCGUGGCGUGGUGCGCGCCGCCGCCGGUGAGCUUCACGGUGGAGAAGGGGUCCGACAAGACGCAUCUGGCGCUGCAGAUCAAGUACGACAAGGCCGGCGACAGCAUGAAGGAGGUGGAGCUGAAGCAGAAGGAGGACUGGCUGCCCCUGAAGAAGGGCUACAGCGGCGCGUGGGAGAUCAAGAGCGACAAGCCCCUCGAGGGCCCCUACAGCUUCCGCUAUGAGACCGAGAAGGGCCAGCGCAACGUCUUCGACGACGUCAUCCCCACAGAUUUCAAGUGCGGGGCCACCUACAAGCCAGAGGCGACCUACUGAGAUUCACCCAUGCAUCGGUUCAGCCAUCAUCGACCUCGCAACUAAGAUCGUGUCGUAAGACGCACGGAUACUAAUAAGUUAGAUAAUAUUACCUUCGUCCCGAAUCAAUCGUCUAAUUCGGGACGAAGGGAGUAGUAGGAGAAGCAACGGCCGGCGGUCGGUUGUAUUUGCUCUCCCGUACGCCCGUUGUCUUGAUUGACCAUUUCUUUUUUUCUUUGUACCGAAUCUUUUCACUAUUAUUUGUAAUAUACUUGAAAUCUAGAUUUCAUUUAUAUAUAAUCUCUAUGUUUGCUAGUAAUA